AUGACUUCAAGAAGCAGUGAACUUAAAACUCGAACCAAGGAAAAGCCGUGGACAGUGGCACUCUCCGACAUAUCUGAUUGGCCAAGAACCGAAGCCGUUGAUGAGUUUAGACUACGUACCGAACACGAUUGCCUAUCAAAACACCUUCACAGAUUGAGAGUAUACACUCAACCCACAUGCCCCCUAUGUGACCUACAGGAGAAAAUGGUGAAGACCCACCUGAUUCGGUGUCCAGCUCUAAAUACAUCGAAAGAAACUCAGAGAUCCUGGGAAGCCGGAAGUCAGCUAAUGACCUACUUUUAA